AUGUUGGGUUUCGGUAAAGAAAAUAAUAAAAGUAAUAAGAAAAGUGUCAGUUUAUCUCUGCCAAAUCCGCAUUUUUUCUUAACAAUACCGAAACACCGUGGCAGUCUUGCUUCUGAGGCUUUAUCGGAUGUUCCAAGUGAUAUUAUUAUAAAAUCGCGUAUCAAAUAUGGAAGCCGUUGGUCUGCUUGCAAAGGUUUACUCAUGGAGUACUCCAAAAGUACUACAAUACAUGGAAUACGUUACAUUUUUGAAGUUCAUCGUCCAUUUUAUGAGAAAUUAUAUUGGUUUUUCUUGAUUUCUAUAUCUCUGUAUUAUGCUGUUUCGCUUAUGUGGGAUACUUAUUUGAAAUGGCAAGAUUCUCCAGUUAUAUUGGGUUUUGAUGAAACUCUGGUGCCAGUACAUAAAAUACCAUUUCCUACAAUUACAGUUUGUCCUGAAAUAAAAACGGAUGCGAAUACUUUUAAUUUUGCAAACGUCUCAAAAAAAUUUUGGGAUGAAAUUGCUGAAACAAAUUCAUUUCAUAAUCAACAAAAUCUCACAGACGAAGAAAUUUUGAAUUUAGCUGCUACUUUACAUAUCUGCGACACCCAAGUAGCCGAAUCUUUUGCUCCAUUUGUGCCAAAAGACAUUUUACCGGAUGUAUCGCAAACACUGGUUGAUUUAUCCAUAACAAAAAAUGAAACCGGCCCGUUUUGUAAAUGGAAUGGAAGAUUCUAUUUUUGUGAUAAAAUUUUUAAUUUUGUACCAACGGAUGAGGGCAUUUGCUAUCAAUUCAAUGGUUUGCAAGCAAAGGAUAUAUAUCGCGAUGAAAGAUUUGUAAGUUAUCGAGACCCAGAAAUAGUCGAUUUUAACAAUUACUUCGAUCCAUUGCCCAAAUACAAUAACAUAUCUGGAAAUUGGUCACUAGAUGAUGGUUACAUAGAUCAGGGAUACAAUUCUUAUCCACAACGCACUGCUUUCUCUUCUGUUCGUAAUGCAUUUUUUGCGUUCCUUCAAGGCUAUGAACAUAAUUUUGAUUACGCAUGCCGCAGUUUUAGGCAGGGCUACAAGGUGUUCCUUAAUUCUCCCGAGAGUGUGCCACUUACUAUGGGCAACUACAUUUUAGUGCCGCAUGGAGAUGAGGUCAUGGUUAGUGUGCUGCCCCAAUAUGUUGUAUCAACGGAAAAUUUACAUGAUUUCAGUCCAGAAAAACGUCAAUGUUUCUUUAACGAUGAACGUUACCUUCGUUUCUUCCGUGCCUAUUCUCAAAGUAAUUGUCAAACUGAGUGUCUCGCAAACUUUACGAUAUCAAAAUGUGGAUGUGCGAAAUUUUGGAUGCCAAAACCUUUAGACGUGCCAGUUUGUGGUGCGGCUGAUAUUAUGUGCUAUAAUAAAGCACAAGAUGAAUUAAAUCUGAUCUUACAAAAUCAAACAAUGCAAAAAACUAUGGAUGCUAAUGUGAAGAUUAUGUGUGACUGUAUGCCUGCCUGUACGUCUCUGGAAUAUAAUUUUGAAAUCUCUCGAUCUCAUUAUAAUCUAGAGAAAACAAUUCGCGCUUUUCGGGAAGUAUAUGAGCAUUCAGAUUUUAUGGGUUCACGUUUGUCAGUUUAUUUUAAGGAGCAUCAAUUCACUGCAAUUAAACGUACUGUCAUAUUUAGCAUCACUACUCUUAUAGCGAACUGUGGUGGUAUUUUUGGUCUCUUUAUGGGCAUAUCCGGAUUAAGUAUAAUUGAACUGGCUUACUUCUUCUCAGUACGCUUAUUUGAUAAUUUACGUAAACGGCGUAUGAGUAAGAAGAAGUUAUUACAACAAGAAGAGGAACAUGAGAACUAGAUACAGUACCGGAAGUAGUGACAGAAGUAAAAAAUCUUUUUUCAUGUUAGGGUACACAUAGUCUACCUGGCAUCGUGGUAUAUCCACAAUUCGCUUAUGUAUAGAUGUUCAACGCCAUAUAAAAUUUAUGUCCACUAAUAUCUUUAUAUUUAUCCAUGCAAUCUUUAAUGACGUAUCAUCUAUGAGUUGUAUACUAUAAAUAAAAAAAAACAAAUACCAUUUAUUAAAGUAAGGAGAGAGUGAAAGCGUAAAGCCCUUCUCUAUUCAAAAUUAAUGUUAUAUAAAAGAUAAAUAUAUGUGUUAGUAAGUUGAAUUUUAAAAAGCUAUCCCCUGAACUUUCAUUUUCGAUUUUGUGGUUGGCGUUUGAGAUCUAUAUAAAAGUUAUAUGUGGUAUCACUUUACAUUGAUAUAGUU